UCGUUCUGGUUCUUACAUGUAGUUUACAAGUACGAGAACGGUUAAAGUAGACUGGAUUAAGAUAAUACGUCGACUCCUACUGUUCUCUUUGCUCCCCAUUUACGGAUACAGUAUAAGGAAUUUUCGUGUUGGAUUUGUUUUGUUGGCUAUGGAAUUUGACAGUUUCCUUCAACCUAUAUGCAUAAGAUGGCGUAUGCGUUGUGGACUGCGAUGGCAAGUACUGGUUUCUCUUCUGUAUCUCAGUCAUACUGUGAGUUCCCAAAUCCGGUAUUCCAUUCCGGAGGAGAUGAAGAAAGGCUCUCUUAUCGGUAACGUGGCUCAAGAUCUGGGGUUAGAUUUGAAAAGGCUAAGUGCGGGCCGGGCCCGUAUCGUGACCGGAGAAAACAUUCAGUACACAGAGCUGAAGACAGACAAAGGGAUUCUAGUCGUGAGUGAGAGAAUAGACCGAGAGCAGCUUUGUGGCGACGUCACGCCUUGUAGCUUCAGCUUCGAAAUGAUUCUAGAGAAUCCGAUGGAACUACACCUAGUCACCAUCUUUAUCCAAGAUCAGAACGACAACGCGCCCCAGGUUCUGUACCCAGUCCAGACAAGCAGCUCUCUGGUGGCUGAAAUGGUGCCUCGUUCGGCAGAUGUGGGUUAUCUUGUGACUAAAGUGGUGGCUGUUGAUGUGGAUUCUGGACAGAAUGCCUGGCUCUCGUAUAAACUGCAGAAAGCGACAGACAGGGCGCUGUUUGAAGUUGGCUUACAGAAUGGAGAAAUAAGAACUAUACGCCAAGUCAAUGAUAAAGAUGCUGUGAAACAAAGGCUCACCGUUGUAGUGGAGGACAACGGGCAGCCCUCUCGUUCAGCUACAGUCAAUGUUAACGUGGCGGUGGCGGACAGCUUCCCUGAAGUGCUCUCGGAGUUCACUGACUUUACGCACGACAAGGAGUACAAUGACAACCUGACUCUUUACUUAGUCUUGGCUUUGGCUGUAGUCUCAUUUCUGUUCAUCACAUGUUUAGUGGUUAUUAUAUCAGUGAAAAUAUACAGAUGGAGACAGUCUCGCGUCCUCUAUCAUUCCAAUCUCCCGGUUAUUCCAUAUUAUCCACCGCGUUACGCAGACACUUUGGGGACAGGAACUCUACAGCACGUGUACAAUUACGAGGUGUGCAGGACGACUGACUCCAGAAAGAGUGACUGUCAGUUCGGCAGACCCUGUAGUCAGAAUGUACUGAUAAUGGACCCCAGUUCUACAGGGACGAUGCAGCGGAUGCAGAGUGAAAAUAUCAUUUUGGAUGAACCAGACUCGCCGCUGGAGGAUUUCUUUCCUGCUGUAGCAAAUUGGCUCAAAUGA